GAGUUUCAGAGCAUCAAGAGGAAUCUGAAGGAAUGAGCAGACAGACACUAGGCGGCGCUAGAGGACCUGCCCUCUGCUAUUGUUUCAUGUUUGUAAUAAAUCUGAGUCCUGAUGCGUCCGGCGGCUCCAUGGCAGCUCAGAGUCCUGAUCUGAUUCAGGUCUGAUGAAUCAGAUCUCAGCUCCAGACCUUUAAGCUUUACACCAGUUAUUUAUUUUACUUUUAGCUUUUAUUUAUUCUGGGUUUACCGAAGUGAAGCACCAAUCAGCCGUCUGAUAUCUGAGUAUCGGCUGAUACUGCUGCAGAAAAACAGCUGAAUUUAUUUAAACACAGACAUAAAUUAUUUUUAUAACUCUGCAUCAGUGCAGAGAAAUUCAGCAGCAGCUUCAGAACCAUCAGUUCAGCAGCUACCUGAAAUAAACAUUCAGUGGUUCAGAAAGUUUCAUUAGGAAUUUUAAAUAUGAUGUAAAAUAAUCUGAUUUCUUUGUUUUAUCAGCAGUGAUACAGACGCCAACAUCAGAACCUGAGAGUCUGAAAACCUUCCAGGUCGGAACCACAGAGACCAGCAGCGGCUCUGAGCGGAGAGCUGUUCCUUUAAGAGCCGAGGAGAACCGGACCGGGUCGGUACCGGACUGGGUCGGUACCAGGCGGCUGCAGAGAGCCGGUGCAGCUGGUCCCGGGUCGUCUCGCCUCCAGGAUGUCUGCGGGAAGCGGUCUGCAGUCGGUGGACUUUGAGAUCUUCGGCCAUGUUCAGGGUGUCUGCUUCAGAAUGUACACAGAGAAGGAGGGUCUGCGUCUGGGCCUGGUGGGCUGGGUGAAGAACACCGCCUCCGGGACGGUGGUGGGACAGGUGCAGGGACCGGCCGCCAUGGUGGAGGAGAUGUCCCGCUGCGGCCGCCAUCUUGGCUCCAGCUCAACAGCGGAGACGCUGUUGCGUCACAGCAGAUCACCUGAUCGAGGAUCUGCCAUGUGAUCCGGUUCCAUCCCGGCUGGAGGAUCCAGUCGGGUCGGAGCUGAAACCAGGAAUUAUUAACUGAUUUAAUCUGAGCGGGACUCGGAUUACAGAGGAGCGGCUGGAGGCGGCAGCGUGGUCGCCAUGGCAACCAGCAUGCAGCCAUUGCUCAAUGAGGAGCAGAGAGUGGGAGGUGAUGGAGCCCGGUUCUGGUUCUGGUUCUGCUGCCUGCUUCCAGUUCGGUUUGAAUAAACCCAGUUCAGCCAAUAAGCUUCGUGUUUAUAAGUUUUAUUAUUGUUUUAUUGAGUCAUAAGCUUCGUGUUUUUAUUGCUGCUGUUUCAUUUUAACCUGAAACUUUGGACUCAAAACAUUUAACUUUGUUUCCAUGAAUGUUCGCUAUAAUUUUACUGAUAAUUUGAGCCUAAAACUGUUUUUAUUAGAUUAGUUUAUUAAGUUUCUGCAGCUGAAACUGAGUCUAAUCAAAUAUUUUCACAUAAAAAAUAAAAACAAAUCAAGUUUUGAUCCCAUUUCCUGUCCAGAUGAGAACGUUCUGCAGGGCCGUUUGCACCAGGAUCUGGGCCCCGGGCUGCAGCCAGUUUGGUGCCCUGACCCAGACAGAAACAUUCAUUUACUCAUUUAAAUCGCAGGCAGUCCUGAUGCAUGAUGGGUAGCAAAGAACUCCAUGUUGUUCCAAAGAAAUCAACUGUAACUGUAUCUAUACUUUAAAUUUGUUGUAAAAUUUGUUUAUAUCCAUAAAAUUCAGUAUAUGAGUUUUAAAU